UUCAAUUUAGAUCACAAAAGUCAGACUCAAAAGUAGAUCUCAUAGAGAAUUAUGUUUAAACGGAAAGCAAAGAAACCCAAAGUGAAGAUCAGUGUCUCUCCGGACUACCCGUUGCCGCCGGAGUUGAGACAAGACAACUGCGGAACACAUCCUUACGUUCGGGGCCUCACAUCCCACCGAUGGGCCGAUGAGCGCAGGCAUCCACUCCAUCACCCGAGUAUGAUGUUUAUGACCUUGUUCAUUUCGUUUUGUCGCGAUAUUUAUGGCUUUAUGACACCAUUGGACAAACAAAUGGCUACAUAUGUCGGCGAUUAUCCAUAUUUUUUUCAUUGCAAAUCUCAGCUCAAUCUGGCUGUAAUAAAUUAUAGCUUAAUGGCCAUGCUCACUUUGAUAUAUUACAGGUAUAUGUACUACAAGAAGAGGUACCCCUUCCCGGAGGCUCCCAUACGGCUAUUGGCGGGUACAGUCACACCCAGGAGUGUUGGGCUGUUUGAUGAGGCGGUUAUCAUAGAGAUGUGCAAAUCGGCCAAAUUCUGGUUCCAUCACACGAAGACCAACACUAAUCUCGUAGGUUUGGCCGCAUUUAUAAUAUGUGUAUUUCCCGUCCACUUCGGUGUCAACGACUGGUCACUGUUUCCCAUAUAUUUUCCGUGGGGUGUAAUCAACGCUAUGGGCAUACGAUAUGUGUUUAACAUAAGCCACUGGACGUACACUUAUUUCUAUCUGAUUUGUUUCUAUCAUAAGGCGCGUAUGAAACAGACCCGGCUUAUGAUCAAUGCCCAGUAUGUUAAGUACGGCCGUACAACUGACCAAUACGUCUAUCAACUGAUCAAUACGUUUGCAGGCAUUUAUGCCGAUAUCGGAAAGGAUAAUGGUCGCUUUUUCAAAACGUUCUCGAUCAUUUUUCUGCCUCUAUUUAUGAUUUUUGUCGAUUGCUUAUUGUUUACCGAGUUUUUCUCGGAAAUACCUCUGGUGACCAGGUUUGUUUUUGGCUAUCUGUUAUGGUCGGGAACUUUUGUAAUAUUAAGUUAUCUGAGAGUUGUGUCGAGUGUUGCCGAAGAGGCGAAGAAAGCGUACAAACCGUUGCAUAAAUUGCAAACAACUUUGAAAACAAAUUCAAAAGUUUGCCGAUAUAAGAAACCGAAAGUGAAGAUCAGUGUCUCUCCGGACUACCCGUUGCCGCCGGAGUUGAGACAAGACGACUGCGGAACACAUCCUUACGUUCGGGGCCUCACAUCCCACCGAUGGGCCGAUGAGCGCAGGCAUCGACUCCAUCACCCGAGAUACCCGUUCCCGGAGACUCCUAUACGGCUAAUGGCGGGUUCAGUCACACCCAGGAGUGUAGGGCUGGUCGAUGAGGGGGUUAUCAUAGAGAUGUGCAAAUCGGCCAAAUUCUGGUUCCAUCACACAAAACGUAAUACUAAUGUUAUAGGUUUGGCCGCAAUUAUAAUAUGCGUGACACCCGUCCACUUUGGUGUCAACGACUGGUCAAUGUUUCCCAUAUACUUUCCGUGGGGUAUAAUCAACGCUAUGGGCAUACGAUAUGUGUAA